AAGAACGGCUGCAACUAUUGCUGGUCCUACAGUCAUUGGGAACCCAAUAAGUGUGACCUCUGCUGUGACUACAGUUUCAGAUGAAACGAGUUUAGCUACUAGUUUUGCUGCUUCUCUGAGUAAAAAAGCUGCACCUAUAAACAUUGUUCCAGGAGAUGAUCCCAGUGAGUUAUUUUAAAAAUAAAGCAUUUGGAAACAUUAUUUAACUGGUGUCUUUUAAUUUAAGAUGAGAGUGAGCCGACUGAAGCAUUGAACAAAAAAGCUUUAGCGAUAGUCACUAGAGUACGUGAAAAAUUGACUGGUAGAGAUUUCAUACAUGAACAAGAAUUGGAUGUCAACAAACAAGUGCAUUUACUCAUUCUACAGGCCACUGCCAAUGAAAAUCUUUGUCAAUGUUACAUUGGAUGGUAUGUACAAAUUACAUAUAUAUAUAUAUAUAUAAUUCAGUAAUCUAUUUUUUUUUUUUUUUUGUGACUUAAUAGACACUUUUGUUUAAAGAGUUUAUUUUAAAUAUCUUAAGGAUGUCUUAAAUUGGUUUUAUUUUCCUUAUUUUAAUAUACAAACUUACUUUAUUGGUUAUCCGUUUAAAAAAAAAUUGAUUUCUGAAAUUUUAUACACUCAUUAAUGUACAUAUUAAAUAUUUUUAAUAAUCAUUUAAAAUUGUCAUUUCUUAAAGUAAAUGUUUGGUUUAUAAUUUACAAAAUAAAAUAAGUAUUACAAUUUGUUAAUAGGUACCUGUUUUUCUAAUUACUUAGUAUUAAUUUAUAUUUAAUAAAUUUUAAAAAAAAAUUUUAAUUUAGGGGUUAACAAAAAAUCAAUGUAUUUAGAAAACUAAAAAAACUAUUUAAAUUUUUUUUAUUGUAUAUAUAAAAUUUCAGUUUUAAAAAAUAAUACCUUUUAUUUAUAUCUAACUUGGCCAUUUUUAAUUAACAUAAAAUUAUAAAAUUUUGUUAUUACUGUUUUAGAAAUUAUGCAAUAUAUAUUAUAACAAAAAAUAUAUCUUAUUAUCUCUUACAGGUGUCCAUUCUGGUAA